AUGAAGUUCACUCUCGCCCUCGUUGCCGCCGGCCUUGUCGUCGCCCAGGACUUCUCUGGCCAGCCCUCCUGCGCUAUUCCCUGCCUUACCGAUGCCAUCCCCAAGGUUGGCUGCGCCCUGACCGACACCGCCUGCCAGUGCACCAAGGAGAAGCAGGAGGCCCUCGUCCCCGUCGCCGCCUCCUGCCUGCUCGCCGCCUGCAACUCUGCCGACCUCGGCAAGGCCCAGUCUGCCGCCGCCGCCGCUUGCGCCGCCUACGCUGCCACCGCUGGCUCUGCCCAGCCCAGCGCUACCUCUGCUGCGGCUUCCGCCUCCGCCUCCGCUGCUGCUUCCUCGGCUGCCGCCUCUGUCUCUGCCUCCGUCUCCGGUGCCGUCUCCUCUGCUCUCGCUUCCGUCAGCGCCAGCGCGAGCGCCGCUCUGUCUUCCGCCUCUGCUUCCGCCUCUGCCAUCGUCACCUCUGCCCGUAACGCCACUGCUUCCGUCAGCAGCGCUACUCUCUCUGUCUCCCGCACCGCUUCUACUGCUGUCACUGGCACCGGUACCGGCGCCAGCGCUACUGCCACUUCCACCGGCAACGCUGCUCCCCAGGGCGGCGUUGCCGUUGGCGGCCUUGCCCUUGCUGCCAUUGCUGGUAUCGUUGCUGCUCUGUAA